UCACUCUCCCCAUUCACCGUCGGAUGACCCCCCCAACGCCAAAUCCACCGUCCAAUAUUCCCAAAAUUGAAAUUCAAAAGCCUGGAAGAGAGAGGGAGGAGAGAACCGAGGAAGAAGAAGAAGAAGAAGAAGAAGAACCAAAAAGAGGCGCCUUCGCUCUCUCUCUCUCUCUCCUCAACCCUCUUCUCUCUAAUCUUCCAAAGACUCUCGCUUUUCUCCUCCCCACAUUUCCAACCCUAGAUUUUUCAACUCCUCGCCCCCCCCACACUCUCUCUCUGUUCAAUUCGGCGUCGUUCCGAUUGCGGCCACUGGCGGUCGAGCUCCGCCGUGAGUUUUGAGCUGUGCCGCGGCCCAAUUUCUGAGCGGCGGAAUCUUCCGAUUACUCUCUGGAUCUGAAUUCGGGGAAUUUCGGCAGUAAUCAGUGGAUUUGAGUUUAGAAGAAUCGGAAAAUUUUUGGGCGAAAUUUGAAUUUUUUUUUUCUUUCUGGUGAGGUUUUGGAUUUCCAUGGGGGAAGGCGACGGGGCCGAUUCGGCUCCGAAGAAGCCGCAAUCGGAUGCGGUAACGGCCGGUGCAACGACGUCGUCCGGGGACGUUCCGGCGAAGAAGCUUGCGAGGCAGCUCGAUUUCACGGGGUUUGGCGCCACCACCUCGGGGAGUGUGGCGUUGCCGGAGCCGCCGAAGCCGCAGCUGCAGACGGUGACUGUGCCGCAGAGUCAGCCGAAGCCGCAGGUGGUGGGGGUGCCGGUGCCCGUGCCGCCGCAGCCACCUGUACCUUCAGUUAGGCCUGUGAAACCAGAUUCCCCAAAAUCAAGACCAAGACCGAAUGUUGAUGGUAAAGAUGGCACUCCUAAGAAGCAAAAACAGUGUAAUUGUAAACACUCUCGCUGCUUAAAGCUGUAUUGCGAGUGUUUUGCAUCUGGAAUUUACUGUGAUGGUUGCAACUGUGUAAACUGUUGCAACAAUGUUGAAAAUGAAGGUGCUAGGCGAGAUGCGGUGGAGGCUACUUUGGAGCGUAAUCCAAAUGCAUUCAGGCCAAAAAUUGCAAGCAGCCCACAUGGACCAAGGGAUAGUCGGGAGGAAGCAGGUGAGCUUGUGGUCUUGGCAAAGCACAAUAAAGGAUGCCACUGCAAGAAAUCAGGGUGCCUCAAGAAAUAUUGCGAAUGCUUCCAAGCCAACAUUCUCUGCUCUGAGAAUUGUAAGUGCAUAGACUGCAAAAACUUUGAAGGAAGUGAAGAGAGACAAGCUCUAUUUCAUGGUGACCAUAGCAACAACAUGGCAUAUCUUCAACAGGCAGCAAAUGCUGCCAUUACUGGAGCAAUUGGAUCCUCUGGAUAUAUAUCAUCCCCACCGGUAUCCAAGAAAAGAAAAGGUCAGGAACUCUUUUUUGGACAGACAGGCAAGGAUCCAUCAGCUCAUAGGAUAGGACAGUUUCCACAGGCAAAUCAUCUCAGACCGCCUGCACCGUCUUCGUCUUCGGUCCCUGUUGCUCGUCUUGGUACUGCAGGAUUAGGGCCUUCAAAGUUCACAUACAGGUCUCUCCUAGCAGACAUCAUCCAACCACAGGACUUGAAGGAGCUUUGCUCAGUUUUGGUUGUGGUAGCAGAAGAAGCAGCAAAGACACUUGCAGACCGAAAAAAUGCUGCAGAGAAGCAGGCAGAAUAUCAGACAGAAGCUUCCCUUGCUACAACCACAGAAGACAGGUUGCAAAGCCAAAAGGAAUCUGACACUCAGAAAGCUGUGACUGAUGAUUGUUCUACAGCAAACCAAGCUGACAAAAUCAGCCCUGAAGAUUCUAAUUCGGAUGGUGUUGAUGGGCCAAAAGGGAGACCAAUGUCUCCCGGAACUUUGGCCUUGAUGUGUGAUGAACAAGAUACAAUGUUCAUGUCAGCUGCUUCUCCUAAUAGGUUAAUGGGGGAUGGAUGCAACACAUCUUCUCAGUUGCCUAAUGGACAAGGAAUGUCAGAAGUCUAUGCAGAACAAGAAAGAAUUGUGUUAGCAAAGUUUCGAGGCUGCCUAAAUAUGCUUAUCACUCGCGGAGAACUUAAAGAGUGCUCAUCUUUAGCCAGAAGUGAAGCGGCAGCUCAAAGAGAGCAAGUUGGCAAUGGAACUCCAAAUCCAAGAACGGAAACAGGCAGUCAACAGGGACCAAUUAGCAAUGGUGUUGCAAAAACUGCUGUUCCACCUACAGCCAGGACGUCGCAAAUAGUUACUGCAGCAGUUUUAUCCCCUAGUACUGUGCUUCCAAAACCCCCAUCCGUCCCCGAAAAUGGAGGAAAUAAACCAAAAGCUUAAAGAAGAACUGUAAAAACAUUUCAGCACACAAGAUUUACCCAAGGUAAAUUCAGUCGACUUGUUGGUGUCAACCGGCAAGACAGUACUAGGAACCACUCUUAGAAGGAUCUAAUUUUUGUUUUUGUUUUUUUAGGUUAUUAAUAUAUUGUAGAUUAGAAUUUUUAGCUUCAACCAUAGUUCGAUCCAAGUGGUGUAAAAUGCAGAGCCUUGUAAUUGCACAAGAUAUCAUUUUAGAUUGUUCCAUACAAAUUAACAUCAUAGCUAGCUUGAUUGCUACAAGGUAGGAUCUUUUUAUCUAUUUUCCUACUCUUUUUGUCCUUUUCGAUAUUUUCAUAAUUUCUGGAGAAACAGCGAGCAUUCGCCACUUAUGGUGGAAUAUGUAACUUAAUUUUUCUUGCAAAAAGUAUUCUUUUUGCAGUUUCUUGUACA